AUGGACGCACUUCCCUUCACUAGAGGUCCACCCAUUAAAGAACACGACCAUCUUAUCGCUACAAUGGAAAGAGAGAAUUUCGAACUCAAAAUGCAGAUUAGCCAUCUAAAAGCCCAGCUUAGAGAGCAUACAAUGCAAACAAACUUAUCUAUCAAUCCACCCUGUGAUUGCAAGAAGAAGUCAAUCGAAACAAACCAAAUUCUAGCCGAAGCCAAAAGUGCUAUGGAAACUCUUCUGGCCGAGAAAGAGAGUUUAGAAAGUUUGUAUACAGAAACCACCCAGACCCUAGAACGUAUGCAGGAGGAGAAAACUCGACUUAAGAACGAUUGUAUUAAACUCUCCGAGCAUAUAGCUUACAAACACCAAAAAGAGCAAGAGAGUCAACAAGCUCUUCAAACCAUGCGUGCCGAGAUAGUAGCAGUUAAGUCUAACUUAGAAGAGAACGAGAUGCUAAAAGAAGAGAUUAGCAAGAUCUCAGAGGCUUAUCGGGCUAUCAAGGAAGAGUAUGUGAAACUGGAUGAGUUUGCCAAAAGUUUAGAAACUGAUUUCAAAAGCGAAGUAAAUCAAAAGCACCAAAUAGUCGCUGAGAAUGAAACUCUAAAGAGUAAACUAAACACUGCGCAACAAAAACUAGAAGAACUCGUUACUCAUGCCACUAACUUAGAGAAGCAGCAACUCUUAGGAGAGAAGGUAGUGGAGGAGCUUAAGAAGGAGAAGCGGAGUGUGGCCGAGCAAGUCGUAUCAGUACAGAGUCGGGCAGAAGGGAUUAUUGCCGAGCGAGAGAAACAGAUUAGUUACUUGCAAAAUCGAGUGACUCAGUUGCAUGGCUCAAUGCAACGGGCUGAGGCUGAGAUGCAGCGGAUAGUUAAUGGGGUAGUGGAAGAGAUUAAACGAGUUGAAUUGGCUACCGGCCGGACGAGUAAGACUCUAUCGACUGUAGAUGAUUUGGAUAGACAUUUCCAGCGCAUUGUAAGUAAGAUCCAAAGAGAGCAGGUGCACUGUACAGAGCGACUAACUAGCACCGGGCAGAUGGCAGCGAGAGUGCAAGAAGAAGCUAAAGCGGCUGCACAGAAGCUAGAAGCCGCUCGGGAAGAGAAUGCGAAACUACGCCAGCGCGAGGACCAACUUAACGGCCAGAUCGAAGAUCUUCAACGCCGCAUUCACUUAACACCAGAAGCCCUAGCUAUAGCAGGCGAAUUAGGCAUUCGUGACUUCACUACCUUAAGCGAUCUGUUUAUUAAGUGGAGUGCGGAUAGAGAGAAGAAUGAAAACUGGUUGGCCAAUUGCUUAGAGGAGAAAGAGAAAGAACACCAGCACGAAGCCCGGGUUAGAAACCGCAAGUUAGAUGAGUUUCAAACCAAAUUACAAACGGCUCUUUCCGAGCUCAAUAUCUGCCGAGCUUAUCUCGAGGAAAAGAAAAGUCUCAUCAAAGCCCUCAAGAAAUCCAGCAGCACCAACCCAAUUAUGAAGCAGAUAGAAAUCUCCACUAGUAAGUAA